AUGAGUUCCGAGGCCAGAAUUCGCAAACGGAUUCCCAAGUCCUGUAAGAGGUGCCAUCGACGCAAGCAACGCUGUGUAGGAUACCCAACUUGCGCCGGCUGUGAAUCUGCCAACCAGCCAUGCUUGCGCUCCGAGACCGUCCCCUCGUGGCAUCACGCUAUGUCCAAGGGGGCCUUGGUUCAUAGAAUUGAAAUGCUGGAAUCUCAAUUGGCUACUGCUGUAGCACGCAUAGGCCCGGAGCAGCAGCAGCAGCAGCAGCAGCAGAAGAAUCAGGACAGGUCUUCAAGCCCCCAUGAUCUGGACCAGACUGCUGUCCUGUCACUGUUAUCCCUGGACCGUGGCUACUGUCACGGUCCAGCAUAUCUGGGGCCGUCUUCGGGGCGGACUAUCGCAGAGAGUCUGGGUCGCAUGGCGCAGGACACCGUGUGGACAGAGUCAUUACCCAUCCACGCUGGAUCUGAUCCAAGUGACACCAUUGCUUCGGGUCCUUCGGAACUGACUGGGGAUGAUGCAUCUCCUCCAGGUCGUGAUGUAGGCAUGCGACUUAUCGACGCGUAUUUUCGAGAUCUGCACAAUCGUCUCCCGUUCCUCGAUCGUUGCGAAGUCUACGAUUUACACGAGACCAUACACCGGAACACGCAGUCCGGACCUCGCGGAUCCACAUCGUUCAAGAUCUUCAUGGUCUAUGCUAUAGGCGCCUCGAUCCUGCAAAUGACUGAUUCAUACGACUCCACGCCGCCUCGUGACUUCUGGACAAUGGCGACCGGUUCACCAAGCGCUCUCGGAUUUUCGUCACCUUACGCGCGAAUUGAGGCAAUCCUGUUGCUUGUCCUCUAUGAUCUACGUACCGCGGCACAUUCCAGUGUCUGGUACACGAUAGGCCUGGCAAUGCGAAUCUGUGUGGACUUGGGAUUACAUCGCGAGUCCCAGUAUCGAGCGAUGCGACCGCACGAUGCACAUCUCCGCCGUCGGCUAUUCUGGAGCGUGUAUCUGGUCGAGCGAUAUGUGUCUUGGUCCCUCGGCCGUCCAUUCAGCAUCGCUGAGAAAGACAUAGAUGCUAAUGUUCCGGCUGCGAUGGACGAUGCGAUCCACGAGAACUCUUCCAAUCCAGCGAAGGCUGCACCAGGUCUGAACCUUCGCAGAUUCGUCGCCACCAUUCAACUUCAGCGCAUCAUGUCUCGGAUUCACUCCGAAAUUUAUCGCGUCGACCGGAAUGUGUCCGAUCUCAUCUCGGAAGUGCCUCCACUAAUGACCGAUCUGGAGGAUUUCGAACGGUCGCAACCCGUGAUGGCGCUGGACGAUUCGACUUUUGUGCGCAUGCACUGGUACAACUGCGUCCGCAUGCUGCUCCAACGAUUCCUCUGUACCUUGUCUGGCGAGAAUCUAUUGGUCCAGAAAUGCCUGGUCGCUUCCGGCCAGAUGUGUCAGUGCUUCAAAACACUGCGACAAAGAGACUCGUCGGGGUACUCUUUUCUGCUCGCCAAUUCGCUGUUCAUGGCCGGGCUUACGAUGUGUCUCUGUCUAUUCCGAGCGCCCCAGCUCUGGAGUUUCGCAGUAUCAGAGGACCUGCGAGCGUGCUCGUUGUCCAUGUUUAUGAUGGCGGAGCGCAAUCCUUCCCUGCGGAAGUACCGCGAUGGCUUCGAGACUAUCAUGGCCAGGGCCGUUGCAUUCGUGAACAACGCAACAGGCGGCCUCAGCGGCGAGGUUGAAGGGUCGACGGCAGAUGAUCCCCCUACAUCAUGGGGGGGAUCUGCUGGUCAAAUGUCAGGCGGGUCUCACAUUUGUUCACAAUGGCUUGAUGUCCCGAUUCCGCCGCCGGCCAUCGACUCAUUGCACAACGAUGCAUCAAGCCUACAAUGUCACGGAUUGCAAGAGAUGCUGGAUAACCUGCAGUCAUUCGGUGACCUGAUGCAGGAUGAUUUCUGGACCGACAUCCCAUGGGCACCUUUGGCAGAAUAG